AUGGACACAAACUAUCGUGUGUCUGUACCUCUCCAAAAAAGAGUUGCUAUUGUAUUGUGGAAGCUCGCAACUAACUCAGAGUACAGAAGUGUGUCACAUCUGUUUGGAGUUGGCAUUUCAACUGCCUGUGACUGUGUUAAAGACUUCUGCUCCUCAGUUGAAAAUAUCCUGUUGCCUGAAGUCAUUACGAUACCGCAGGCAGAGAAGCUAAAAGAACUGUCCCUUAACUUUGAACAAAGAUGGGGUUUACCACAGUGUGUGGGGGCUAUUGAUGGCUCCCAUAUCCCUAUUCUGGCUCCCCAGGAAUACCACACUGAAUAUUUCAAUCGUAAGAGGUGGUAUUCCAUUGUGUUGCAGGCAGUUGUUGAUGCUAAGGGGUUAUUUUGGAAUGUUUUUGCUGGGUUACCUGGCAGUUUGCAUGAUGCCAGGGUUCUGCGUUUGUCUGCAUUAUGGGAGCUGGCUGAGAGAAGACAUUUGUUUGCACAGCAAUACAGAAAUAUUAAUGGACAAGACGUGGGUUUCUACAUCCUCGGAGAUGCAGCAUAUCCACUGACAAGCUGGCUCAUGAAGCCUUUCCCUGACAAUGGUUUCCUAACAGCACAGCAGCAGGUAUAUAACCAUAAAACAAGCAAGGCGAGAGUUGUGGUUGAAAAUGCAUUUGGCCGAUUGAAAGGAAGAUGGAGAUGCCUGCUGAAACGCAAUGACUGCAAUCUAGAAAGGGUGAAGUCCAUGGUGCUCACCUGCUGUGUACUACACAACCUCUGUGAGACCCAUGGUGAGGAGUACAGAGAGGAGUGGUGUGUACCUGGUCCUUUCCCCCAACCAGAUGUUACACACCAGGCACCUGUUGCAGACACUGAAGGGGCUGGAGUUCGUGUUGCCUUGAUGCAGCAUCUAAACCAUUUUGGUGCCAGCUAA